ACGUUAUUCCGAUCAGGCUAUUGGCCGAGCUGCACCGUCUCAUUCCGUAGCUUGUGGCAUUGUGCAUUCUCGACGAUAUUGUUGGACGGAAAGGCUGUGUCAUGGCCACCCAGGACCAGAUUAACGCGUGGUAUGCUGGUCAACGGUAUGCGGGGCGUGACGAACCCCCACAUCUUCGCCCAAAGGAGAGGAAUCACCGAAGAAGAAGCUCGUCUCUGAAGCUACUUGCAAUCCCAGACAUGCGAUUUGAAGCUACGUACUUAAGGAACAUCCGACCAUACCUUCACCUCCCUGAGCCGAGCUCUCAUGGCGCAUCCAUCCAUUCAUCAGGAGAUGAAAAGCGGCUGGAAGGGCUACACCAUGAUGAACCACAUCACGAAGUGCGGAUUGAAUGGGGCAAGGUAGCUUGGGUCACGACCCGUGAUUAUAUACUGAGCCCGAUGAUGUGGGGAAUGGGGUCACACCUCCUCAUGCGCCUCGGUGCUAUCUGGUUGGCUCCGAUUCGGGAGUAUUGGCGUGGUCAAUCCGCGAAACCAGUGGCCCGCCCGAGCGAAGGUCGUGGUGCGGGAUGGCUGCGGAACUGGGUAAAAUCACUAGUGGGAAGCGGUAUAGGACUUACUCACAGGUCAUAACACGCACACCAGCUCACUUGCGUCGCUGCGAUCGCUGCCUAUGAAACAUCAUUUUCACCCGCUUUUUCAGCCGUACAUUCCAGGGAGCUCACACCCUACGAUUCCAUCUGCCAAAUUGCCUGUCGCAUCAGACGAUGAUGCUCGUCCGCCGUGUUUCUCGACGAAAUCUACCGUCUCAUAGUUAUUCGGACUUCUUUAGCGACAGCGUGUUUUCGUGCGAUUGUGUUUUCCGAAUUCGACAGAACUGGUGCAAUUGUAGAGUUUACUGAGCACAGGAAUAUGCAUCACAACUUGAAUGGGCGCUUAUCAUCUUCACCGCCCGCAUACCCCGCCUCCUCGUCCCCUCAUCUCCGAAAACGAUAAUGUCUCUGAAUGCAAUAGUAGAUGCUCCGACUUCACGGCAGGCACCCAAGAUCGGGGCCGGGGAACUCGGGCAGUGUG